GUCUAUAUAUAGUGUAUCCUGCAUGGUCAUGUGAGUGCUAUAUAUAGUACAGCUUCCUGACUGAUGGAACACACACAAUAAUAAUGGGGUGUUGCUUUUCGUCACAGCAGGACGGUCCAACUCCGAAAACGAGGCUGUUACAGGACGAGUCAGAUCACCAUGAGGAUCGAGCGCCACCAUCGUCGGCUAGACAUAAAUAUGGGGAUCAACAUUCACAGGCCGUGGAGUUCACGACUUCCGUCGACGUGUUACGGCCGGCUGAUAUGAAAACUGUGGCUUUAUCAAAGUUGAACAAAACAUUUCAGGACCAGGCGAAGCUAUACGACGACCUACUGACGUGUUUCAAAACCGUAAAACAAGACAUGGAAAGUUUUAAGGGUUAUUUUGCUGCAGAAACAGAAGGCAUACCUGAACUCCAAAAGUGUGUGGUUAUCCUUGUGGGCAGAUGCGGUGAUGCCGAGCUGGUGGUAGAUAGGAAGAUGAAAAACUGUAUUCAAAUUGAAUUUAAAUCUGAGGAGAUUUUACGCACGUGCACUGUGGAUUAUCAACAGGUUAUUCCGGUAUUAGACCUUUUCAAUAGUAUGAAUAAACUUAUGAAGAAAAUACUGGAUCGUGCUCCCCAGGUGAAGACAACGAUUGAGUGUCUUACGAGCGACGCACACGAGAUGAAGAAGGAUAUUAUGAAAUCUGAUUUAAAUUCAGCGGAGGGUCCUGCAGCCAUGAAGGCGUGCAUCGCUAACAUCAGUAAGUUAGACACUCUAAAGAAAGACGUUGCUACUAUCACUAAACACACAGAAAGAAUGUUCAAAGAUGUCCUGCAAGCGUCUCAAGGAUUUUUCAAAGACAAGGAGGACAACUAACAAUGUGGGGUUAUGAUCAAGAGAAGAUCGCAAUUAUUUACUUCUCUAUGUUCGACUUACAUACAUUCAAGUCCCAUGUUUUUGAGGAAUUAUUGGGCUACGACUUAAUCACGAUUGGUCUACUACUGCAAGAAACCACCUGAAAUAUAUAUUGAACUUUUCUUUGAAAUGUUAUAGCAAAUUCAAAGUAAUCGUCGACUGAUUACAUAUGUAUGUUCUAUUGUUGCAGACUGUUGGAUAUAUGUUGACAUUAAGUAUAACACGAAGUUGUAAAUUCAAAAAAGGAAAAUCUGAAUGCUCAUUGUUUUGAUAUUUAAAUUAUUUUUGA